AUGAGGAAUGACACUCCAGUAACUGAGUUCGUCCUCACAGGAAUCCCUCACACAAACGGGCUGGAAAAUGUGCUCUUUGUCUUGUUUCUUGCCUUCUACUUGCUCACUCUUCUGGGGAACCUGCUCAUUCUUCUGGCCGUCCUCACUUCCGCCAUCCUCCACACCCCCAUGUACUUCUUCCUGGGAAACCUGUCAGUGUUUGACAUAUUUUUCCCUUCAGUGAGUUCCCCCAAGAUGAUGCUCUACCUAAUGGGGCAAAGCAGGACCAUCUUCUUCCAGGGCUGUGCCUCCCAGCUCUUCUUUUACCACUUCCUGGGUUGCACUGAGUGUUUCCUCUACAACAUGGCCUACGACCACUUUGCUGCCAUCUGUCACCCCCUGCGGUACACAGUCAUCAUGAACUACAGGGUGUGCGCCAUCAUGACUCUAGGCACCUGGAUGGGGAGCUGUGUGCAUGCAUCUGCCCUCACUUUCCUCAUCUUUAAGUUGCCCUACUGUGGCCCCAACAAGGUGGACAGUUUCUUCUGUGAUAUCCCGGUGGUGCUGCCCCUGGCCUGUGCAGACACCUCUCUAGUGCAGGCGGUGAGCUUCACCAAUGUAGGUGUCGUGGCCCUCGUGUGUUUCCUCCUUAUCCUCACUUCCUACACUCGCAUUGUGGUCGCUGUACUGAAAAUCAACUCCUCACAGGGCAGGCGCAAAGCCUUCUCAGCCUGCAGCGCCCACCUGGCUUCUGUCCUGCUCUUCUACGGACCGGUGGUCCUCAUUUAUCUCUGGCCUGCCUCCAGCCCAAGGCUGGGCUCUGUGGUUCUGGUGUUGAACAAUAUUGUCACCCCUUCCCUGAAUCCUUUGAUAUACAGCUUGAGAAACAAGGAUGUGAAGGUGGCUCUGAGAAAAGCCCUAAUCCAAGGGGUACAUGCUUGUGGAGCGUAA